CUGUGAUGUAAUGUGUACGCUAUCGACUUUAAUUUGUUUACCGUACCAGGUUACUGUAGGCUAUGUUAUCGUGGUGUAAGGAUAUUUUACAUUUUUCAUUAGGAUAAAAUAAAGUUAGUUGUAUUUGGCAGCGCAUUUGUAUGGCAUUAGAAUAUAUCUGUUUGGUUUUAUAUUAACCCUAAAUACAUUGUUUACUCUCUGUCUACAAUGACCAUUGUAAUAUCUGAACAUGUUACACAGCUGAUGCCGGUGCUUUGGAAAAUUCCUGCAACUCUUGUUUGCAAGUUGCACAAUACUACAUAGUUCUUUCAGCUGGCUAUGGACGUAGGACUUUUUCCUCCUCAUUAUUUUUUUACGCUGUACUCUGAUGCCUAUAUGCCGACCUUGGGGCGCGGUAGAUAUCGACCGUCCGUUUGAGCGCAAACGCCUCGUAUCUGAAACACGUCACCGUCUACCGCGCUAAAACGCAUGUUUAAUGCCGCAUUCGUGUGCCAGUCGGAACUAGGAUACUCUGAAAUGUCAGACUUGCUUAAACUGAUUGUAGUUAAACAGGUGACACGUUCCAACGAAUCAGAAAAGUAUAACAUUUUCGAGUUGUCUAUUUCCCGACUGGCACGUUAACGCUGCAUGACACUCGAACAACGCCCACCUGGUGGGGCUCGACGUCAGGACACGUCUUUGCGGGGCCCCUCCUCUCUUUCCUGUGCUAUAGAAGUAGUCCAACACAAAGCCCUUCCAGUACAGUAGCGCUCUGAACUACCACAGAGCAGGACUUUAACAGAGAGAUUAUAGCCUGUAACCAUGACGAUAAUAAGAGAGAGAGACUGGUCUUUGUUGAUGACCUAUUCCAAACCAGGAGGACUAGGAGCUUUACUCACUGCUUUUAUGAAACAGAGAAGAAUGGGUCUGAAUGACUUUAUCCAGAGGCUGGCCACUAGUAACUCCUACACCUGCAAACAUCCUGAGGUUCAGUCCAUCGUCAACUUGGCUCCCCUACAACAGGAGGCUGAGCUAAUGAACGCAAACCCCUCUCCUCCUGUAAGUACAAAUGUGUGUUUUAACUGUGUGUACAUGUACAGUCCCACAUUAUAUAAUAUACAAAAUCUUGAUUUGGAAACAUAGACCUAUAUGCAUGUUUGUUUGCUGGUGUCCUGUGUGUGUGUGUUGACGUGUGUGUGUGUCGACGUGUGUGUGUGCCCUGCGUGUAUGUCGACGUGUGUGUGUUCUGCGUGUAUGUCGACGUGUGUAUGUCCUGCGUGUAUGUCGACAGGUGUUUGUGUGUCCUGUGUGUAUGUCGACAGGUGUGUGUGUCCUGUGUGUAUGUCGACGUGUUUGUGUGUCCUGUGUGUAUGUCGACAGGUGUGUGUGUCCUGUGUGUAUGUCGACAGGUGUUUGUGUGUCCUGUGUGUAUGUCGACAGGUGUGUGUGUCCUGUGUGUAUGUCGACAAGUGUUUGUGUCCUGCGUGUAUGUCGACAGGUGUGUGUGUCCUGUGUGUAUGUCGACAGGUGUGUGUGUCCUGUGUGUAUGUCGACGUGUGUGUGUCCUGCGUGUAUGUCGACGUGUGUGUGUCCUGCGUGUAUGUCGACAGGUGUGUGUGUCCUGCGUGUAUGUCGACAGGUGUGUGUGUCCUGUGUGUAUGUCGACGUGUGUGUGUCCUGCGUGUAUGUCGACAGGUGUGUGUGUCCUGUGUGUAUGUCGACAGGUGUGUGUGUCCUGUGUGUAUGUCGACAGGUGUGUGUGUCCUGCGUGUAUGUCGACAGGUGUGUGUGUCCUGCGUGUAUGUCGACGUGUGUGUGUCCUGUGUGUAUGUCGACAGGUGUGUGUGUCCUGUGUGUAUGUCGACAGGUGUGUGUGUCCUGUGUGUAUGUCGACAGGUGUGUGUGUCCUGUGUGUAUGUCGACAAGUGUUUGUGUCCUGCGUGUAUGUCGACAGGUGUGUGUGUCCUGUGUGUAUGUCGACAGGUGUGUGUGUCCUGUGUGUAUGUCGACAGGUGUGUGUGUCCUGUGUGUAUGUCGACGUGUGUGUGUCCUGCGUGUAUGUCGACGUGUGUGUGUCCUGCGUGUAUGUCGACGUGUGUGUGUCCUGCGUGUAUGUCGACGUGUGUGUGUCCUGCGUGUAUGUCGACAGGUGUGUGUGUCCUGCGUGUAUGUCGACGUGUGUGUGUCCUGUGUGUAUGUCGACAGGUGUUUGUGUGUCCUGUGUGUAUGUCGACAGGUGUUUGUGUGUCCUGUGUGUAUGUCGACAGGUGUGUGUGUCCUGUGUGUAUGUCGACAGGUGUGUGUGUCCUGUGUGUAUGUCGACAGGUGUGUGUGUCCUGUGUGUAUGUCGACAGGUGUGUGCGUGUCCUGUGUGUAUGUCGACAGGUGUGUGUGUCCUGUGUGUAUGUCGACAGGUGUGUGUGUCCUGUGUGUAUGUCGACGUGUUUGUGUGUCCUGUGUGUAUGUCGACAGGUGUGUGUGUCCUGUGUGUAUGUCGACAGGUGUGUGUGUCCUGUGUGUAUGUCGACAGGUGUGUGUGUCCUGUGUGUAUGUCGACAGGUGUUUGUGUGUCCUGCGUGUAUGUCGACAGGUGUGUGUGUCCUGUGUGUAUGUCGACGUGUGUGUGUCCUGCGUGUAUGUCGACGUGUGUGUGUCCCUGCGUGUAUGUCGACAGGUGUGUGUGUCCUGGUGUAUGUCGACAGGUGUGUGUGUCCUGA